AUGCGCGCUGUGCAACUUCUGCCCAGCCUCGCCGGCCUGAUUGGCGCUGCCUCUGCUGUCGGAUGUCCGUAUCUGACGGGCCAGCUCGAUGGCAGAGAGGUGCACAAUCCGCACGAGUUCCAGCGUCGACAGGAUUCCGGAGAUGCGGCAGCGUCCACGGAGCAGUUCCUGUCCCAGUUCUAUCUCAAUGACAACAACAGCUACAUGACCACCGAUGUUGGCGGCCCUAUCUCGGAUCAGAACAGUUUGAGGGCGGGAGAGCGCGGUCCAACCCUGCUGGAAGACUUCAUCUUCCGCCAGAAGAUCCAACACUUCGAUCACGAGCGGGUCCCAGAACGCGCUGUCCAUGCUCGAGGAGCGGGCGCCCACGGAACGUUCACUUCCUACGGAAACUGGUCCAACAUUACUGCGGCCUCCUUCCUCAGCGCAGAAGGGAAAGAGACCCCCGUGUUUGUGCGCUUCUCGACCGUGGCCGGAAGUCGAGGCAGUUCGGACACGGCGCGCGAUGUGCACGGGUUUGCCACCAGGUUCUACACUGACGAGGGCAACUUUGAUAUUGUGGGCAACAAUAUUCCAGUCUUCUUCAUCCAGGACGCCAUUCUCUUCCCUGACCUGAUCCAUGCCGUCAAACCCAGCCCCGAGAACGAGAUCCCCCAGGCAGCGACAGCUCAUGACUCGGCCUGGGACUUCUUCAGCCAGCAGCCCAGUGCGUUGCACACGGUCUUCUGGGCCAUGUCCGGCCACGGCAUCCCUCGCUCUUUUCGCCAUAUGGACGGCUUUGGCGUCCACACUUUCCGAUUUGUGACCGACGACGGAUCGUCCAAGCUGGUCAAGUUCCACUGGACCUCACUGCAGGGCCGGGCCGGCCUGGUCUGGGAGGAGGCGCAAGCGGCAGCUGGGAAGAACCUGGACUAUAUGCGCCAGGAUCUGUAUGACAACAUCGAAGCCGGUCGUUACCCCGAAUGGGAGCUGGGCGUGCAAAUUGUCGAUGAGGAGGAUCAGCUCAAGUUUGGAUUUGAUCUGCUGGAUCCAACCAAGAUCCUUCCUGUCGAAUAUGUCCCCAUCACGCCGCUUGGGAAGCUACAGCUUAACCGUAAUCCGCUCAACUAUUUCGCCGAGACGGAGCAAAUAAUGUUCCAACCCGGCCAUAUCGUGCGCGGAAUCGACUUCACCGAAGAUCCCCUUCUGCAGGGACGGCUCUUCUCCUAUCUCGACACGCAAUUGAACCGGAAUGGAGGCCCCAAUUUUGAGCAGCUCCCCAUCAACCGUCCUCGGGUGCCAUUCCAUAACAACAACCGUGACGGAGCCAGCCAAGCGUUUAUCCCCCUGAACAAGGCGGCCUAUAGCCCGAACACGCUCAACAACGGCAACCCCAAGCAGGCGAACCAGACCGUGGGCGAUGGCUUCUUCACCACUCCUGGACGCACAGCAAGUGGCCGGCUCUUGCGCGCUGUCAGUUCGACCUUUUCCGACGUCUGGUCACAGCCACGGCUGUUCUACAACUCGCUGGUGCCGGCAGAGCAGCAGUUCCUCAUCAACGCCAUCCGUUUCGAGAACUCCAACGUCAAGAGCGAGGUGGUCCGGAAGAAUGUCAUCACCCAGCUCAACCGUGUCGACAACGACCUCGCCCGCCGGGUUGCCCGGGCCAUUGGCGUUGAAGAGCCCGAGCCCGAUCCCACGUACUAUCACAACAACAAGACGGCCAACGUGGGUACCUUUGGCACGCCGCUCAAGCGGAUCGACGGUCUCAAAGUCGGUGUCCUUGCCACUGUUGGCGACCCAGACAGCAUCAGCCAGGGCCAGAGUCUCAGCGACACGCUCUCGGACUCUAAUGUCGUUGUCACCGUUGUUGCCGAGUCUUUCACGGACGGAGUCGAUGCGCUCUACACCAACUCGGACGCGACCAACUUCGACGCCGUUAUCGUGGCCGACGGUGCCGAAGGACUCUUCGCUCCGAGCAGCUUCACAGCCCAGCCGACGAACUCGUCCUCGACGGCAUCGCUUUAUCCUGCCGGUCGUCCGCUGCAGAUUCUGGUCGACGCCUUCCGAUUUGGCAAGCCGGUCGGCGCGCUGGGCAGCGGAUCUAAGGCGCUUGACGCAGCAGGUAUCUCGAAGAGCCGACCGGGUGUGUACGUUGCCAACUCGAUCAGCGAGGCGUUUACCGACGCUAUCGAGGAUGGUUUGCGGACGUUCAAGUUCCUCGACCGGUUUGCGCUGGAUGAGUAA